AUGUACAUCGAUUUCCUUUUUGUAAUCUUUUUCUUUCCUUACACCUUUUUUUUCUUUCUUAUUUUUCUUUCUUAUUUCUUUCUUCUUUCUUUAUAUAUUUCUUUCUUAUCUUCUUAUGUCUUCUCUCUUGUUUCUUUCCUUUUCUUUCUCUUCUCUUUUUCUUUUCUUCUCUUUUCUUUUUCUUUCCUCUUUUUUCUUCUCUUUCUUUCCUCUUUUUUCUUCUCUCUUUCUUUCCUCUUUUUUCUUUUUCUUUUUCCUUUUUCUUUUUUCUUUUUUGCUUUCUUCUUUUUCUUUCUUUUUAUUUAUCGUCUUUCUUCUUUCUUUCAUCUUCUCUUUCUCUUUUCCUUUCUUUCUCUUUUUCUUUCUUUCUUCUUGUCUUUCUCUUUUUCUCUCUUUCUGUUUUUCUCUCUUUCUUUCUUCUUGUCUUUCUCUUUUUCUUUCUUUCUUUCUUUUUGUCUUUCUCUUUUUCUUUCUUUCUUUCUUUUUGUCUUUUUCUUUCUUUCUUUCUUCUUGUCUUUCUCUUUUUCUUUCUUUCUUUCUUUUUGUCUUUCUCUUUUUCUUUCUUUUUGUCUUUCUCUUUUUCUUUCUUUCUUUCUUUCUUUUUGUCUUUCUCUUUUUCUUUCUUUCUUUCUUUCUUUUUGUCAUUCUCUUUUUCUUUCUUUCUUUCUUUCUUUCUUUUUGUCUUUCUCUUUUUCUUUCUUUCUUUUUGUCUUUCUCUUUUUCUUUCUUUCUUUUUGUCUUUCUCUUUUUCUUUCUUUCUUUUUGUUCUUUUCUCUUUUUCUUUCUUUCUUUUUGUCUUUCUUUUUUUUUCUUUCUUUUUUUCUUUCUUUUUUUUCUUUCUUUUCUUCUUUCUUCUUUCUCUUUUUCUUUCUUUCUUCUUGUCUUUCUCUUUUUCUUUCUUUCUUCUUGUCUUUCUCUUUUUCUUUCUUUCUUCUUGUCUUUCUCUUUUUCUUUCUUUCUUCUUGUCUUUCUCUUUUUCUUUCUCUCUCUUUUUCUUAUUCAUUUCUUUUUUGUCUUUGCUAUCUCUCUCUCUCUCUCUCUCUCUUUCAUUCCCUUCCCUUUUCAACAGGCAUUUUGUCUUUUUUUCACAUCCUAUUUUAUUUAUUUUUCUUGUCUUUCUCUCUGUCCAUUUCUGUUUCUCUUUCAUUCUCUCUCUUGUUUUCUCUCCCUCUUCUCUACUCCUGUUUUUCUCUUUCCUACUCCGGUUUUUUUUCUAUUUCUUUCCUGCUUCGGUUUCUUUCUCUUUCUUCUCUACUCGUGUUUUUUUUUUUCUCUCUCUCUCUACCCCUGUUUUUUUUCUCUCUCUCUCUUUUCCCUCUCUCCCUGUUUUUUUUCUCUCUCUCUUCCCUACCCCUGUUUUUCUCUCUCUUUCUCUCUCUUCCCUACUCCUGUUUCUUUCUCUCUCUCUCCUACUCGUGGUUUUUCCUCUCUCUCUCUCUCUUCCAUACUCCUGUUUCUUUCUAUCUCUCUCUCUCUCUUCCAUACUCCUGUUUCUUUCUAUCUCUCUCUCUUCCAUACUCCUGUUUCUUUCUAUCUCUCUCUCUCUUCCAUACUCCUGUUUCUUUCUCUCUCUCUCUUCCAUACUCCUGUUUCUUUCUCUCUCUCUCUCUCUUCCAUACUCCUGUUUCUCUCUUUCUCGCUUCUCCACUCCUCUUUCUGUUUUUUUUUCCAAUUGUUUUCGUUAUUGUUUCUUUCCUCUGUUUAUAUUUGUCCUUCCUCUUUUCCUUCUCACACUUCUUCUCUUUGUUUUUUAUUUUCUGUUAUUUAAAAUUUCUCUCCAUUUUUCACCUGUACACUCAAAAUACCCCGCUGGGAAGUUAA